UCCAUCUUCUUCUUCUUCAAAAUAAAUAAAUAAAUAAAUAAUCAGACAGAAUCAUGUAUCCUCCUCCUCCCUGCCUGUUCUGUUUGUUCUUCAUCGCCGCCAUGUUUGCCGGGGUUUCUUCCCAGCCUCUCGGAAAUUACUGUCCCAACAACACAAUUUACGCCCCAAACAGCACUUACCGAUCCAACCUCAACUCCCUCCUCUCCGCUCUGGCCUCCAACGCCACCCGUCCAACCGGAUUCUACAACUCCACCGCCGGCGGCGGAGCCACCGCCGCGUACGGCCUGUUCAUGUGCCGCGGCGACGUAUCCGCCUCCGACUGCCGCACGUGCGUGCGCGACGCCGGCGAACAAAUUCUGAAGGCGUGCCCCGUCCAAACGGGCGCCGUCAUCUGGUACGACAACUGUAUGUUGCGUUAUUCGGACGCGGCGUCGAUGUUCGGAAGGGCCGACACGUCCUACACGCUGAAUCUGUACAAUACUCAGAACGAUUCGCAGCCGGCGAGGUUCAUGGAUUCGGUCGGGAACACGCUGAACGCGGUGGCGGUUGCGGCGGCGGCGGGGGACGGAUCCGGCCGGAAAUUCGCGACUCUGGAGGCGAAUUUCUCCGCGUUUGAGAAGAUCUACACUUUGGGGCAGUGCACGCCGGAUCUAUCGGAAUUGGAUUGCCGGAGCUGCCUGUCGAGCGCAAUUGGCCGGCUGCCGGUGUGUUGUUACUCGGCAAAGGGUGCUAGAACCAUCUACCCAAGCUGCAAUAUUAGGUAUGAGGUAGAACCUUUCUACAGUAACAAGCGGCCGGCCUCUACACCACCGCCGUCUCCUGCUCCUCGCCGCCCUUCUCCGUCUAUUCCACCGCCCCCCCUUUCUACCACCUUUGAAAGAAAGAAGAAAAGUUCAUCUUCCAAAGUGAUCAUUGCCAUUGUAAUUCCAGUGGUUGGGAUAAUACUCUUCAUUGCACUCUUAUGUUGUUGUAUGAGAAUUAGAAAUGUCAAGAAAGGAUAUACUACAACAACACACCAAGCAGAUGUGUCUGGGAUUUCAAGUGUGGAAUCACUGCAAUAUGAUUUUAAUACAAUUCAAGCCAUUACAAAUGAUUUCGCCCCCGAAAGUAAAAUUGGUGAAGGUGGAUAUGGCUCUGUAUACAAGGCCAAGCUUCCCGAAGGACUAGACGUAGCUGUGAAAAGACUUUCGCGAUUCUCAGGCCAAGGGGCUCAAGAAUUCAAAAACGAGGUUGAAGUAGUUGCGCAGCUUCAACACAGAAAUCUUGUGAGGCUGCUUGGGUUUUGCUCUGAAGGAGACGAGAAGAUACUGAUCUAUGAAUUUGUUCCCAAUAAGAGCCUUGACUACUUUUUAUUUGAUCCUGAGAAGCGGCGCCUAUUGGAUUGGCCAACGCGUUACAGGAUUAUAGAAGGGAUAGCACGGGGGAUGCAAUACCUUCACGAAGACUCCCGACUCAGAAUCAUACACCGUGAUCUCAAAGCAGGCAACGUACUACUAGAUGAAAACAUGAACCCAAAAAUAGCAGAUUUUGGCAUGGCCAAAAUCUUUGGAGUUGACCAAACCCAAGGAAACACAAAUCGAGUUGUCGGGACAUAUGGCUACAUGUCCCCGGAGUACGCAAUGCACGGGCAGUUCUCCGUGAAAUCGGAUGUCUAUAGUUUUGGCGUUCUUGUUUUGGAGAUCAUAACUGGGAAAAGGAGUUCGAAUUUCAGUGAAUUGAGUGAAGCACAAGAUCUUCUUAGCUAUGUUUGGAAAUAUUGGAGGGAUGAGAGACCUAUAGAGAUACUUGACCCUACCCUAGGAGAUUCAUACUCAAGAAAUGAAGUGAUCCAAUGCAUGAACAUAGGGUUGUUGUGUGUUCAAGAAGAGGUGGAAGAGAGGCCUACAAUGGCAAGCAUUGUUCUCAUGCUCAACAGUUACUCCACCACGCGGCCGGUCCCACACCAACCGGCGUUUUUCUACAGCGGUAGAUCGGAGACGAAACACGGGGGGAAACUGUCGUCGGAGCAGUCCACAAGCACUUCAGUUCCAGUGUCUAUAAAUGAAGUCUCCAUUACUGAGCUUUAUCCAAGAUGAAGGGUUUUGGUGGAAUUCAAAGGAUAGGUAGACUAGUAGAUAUAUCUAUAGAGAAACAAAGAGAUUGGCAAGUGACAAAGAAGGGGUGCAAAAACACAUAAUAUCCGGAUUCAAUUCCUGACAACAACAAUGAACAGCACAACUGCUCUAGCAUUGAGUCCCUGUAGCGCAUCCGGGCAGAGCUGACUCUUUAUUUUCCAUAAAUUUUCCACAAAAAUUUAAUUGCAUUGUAUAAUAUGUUGGAAAAUCUUCAAGCUAUACUUUGUUGUACAUUUCCCAUGUGUUGAUAAGUAAAAGUAUGCUUUUGAACCAUAAAAAAAGUAUGUUUUC